AUGUCAGCUUUGUCCCCUCGGUGUCCCCAAGCGCCACCAGUGCCAGCUGGUGGCCUUGGGGAGGACCCUCGGGGGUGUCCCACAGUGUCCCCUCCCUCUCUGGCAGCGUGUGGUACCUUUGGGGACAACCUGGCCCUGGGAGCUGAAGCUCUGCUCCCGGGGAGCCUCCAGGCCGCAGGAAGGCUGUCGCGGUCGCUGUGCUGGUGGCGCUCGGACCCCGAGGAGCUCCUGCUGGGCCUGGGCUUUGGGGGGGCGGACUCGGGGGUCGCGCCCCGCGUCCCCCCCCGCUUCUUCUCGGCGCCGUCCCGCGCCAGCGGCAUCGACCUGCGGCUCUUCGUGCGGGCCCAGGCGCGGCGCCGCCAGAUGGAGGACCCGGCCCUGCUGCUGGCCCGUCGCUUCCAGCGGGUCCAGGCCCUGGCUGCCACCGCCGACGCCUUCUUCUGCCUCUACUGCUCCGUGUCGCGGCGCAGCGCCCCCCCGCGGCCCUGUCGCGACAGCCCCGACAGCGCCGAGCCCCGCGGGGCCCCGCCCGGGCGGCGCCUGAAGCUCGCCGGGUCCUGGCUGGGGGGGGGACACGGGGACACCCCCCGGGGGACCACCCUGGGCCCCCCCCAGCCCCCCGGGACCGGGGGGGGCUUCGGGAGGACCCCGAGGGCCGGCGGGGGGGACGGCGACACGGGGGGGCUGUCCCCGAGGUCACCCCCGGUGGGGACAGCGUGGGGACACCCGCGGCGGGGCUGUCCCCUCGGCCGGGGGCUCUGGGGGUCCGGGGGGGCGGCACGGGGGGGCACAAAGGGCGCCGCUGCCCCGGGGGGCGAUGUCACCGUGUCCCCAAGGCCGGGCGCCGUGUCCCCGCACCCCAGCAGGGUGGGGGUCCCCCACCUGCAGCGACACCAGGGCCACCCCGGUCCGGGCUCUCAGUGUCACCCGAGUGCCACCGCGGGGGCUGGAGGCCAUCGCGGGGGUCCCCCGGGGCUGAAGCUCCCCGGGAGGGUCCCCUGGGCCCUCGCCCCCCGAGGAGCGGCGGAGUCCUUGGAGCUGGAGGAGGUGCUGAGCGAGGAGGAGGAGGAGGGUGACAGUGAGGAUGAUGAGGAGGAGGAGGAGGAAGCCGCCCUCUCACCCCAUCCCUCCUUCAGGAGCCGCAGGAGCUCCCCGUUCCCCCGGCGCUUCGCGGAGGAGCCGCUCCCCCCCUCGGGCACCCCCGGGCCCGCCUGGGUCACCUGAGGCCACCUCAGCAGGACGUGGCACCGCAUCCUGGGGACAUUUUGGACACGCGUGUGGCACCUGUGUGUGCGUGUGUGUGCGUGUGUGUGUGCACGUGUGCGUGUUUGGCACGGAAAAACCUCCGGGCUCGGGGGUUCGCCCCAUUUUUUUGUGUCCCCCCCACGUCCCCCAGCCCCAUGGCUCGGUGGGGACAUGUCCCCAGCUCCCGGAGAAGUGUCCCCAGCCCUUGGGGACGUGUCCCAGCCCUUGGGGACAUGUCCCAGCCCUUGGGGACGUGUCCCCAACCCUUGGGGACGUCACUUGCACUUUGGCCACCUUGGUUACACUAGAGGAGGGCGUGGGGACACAAUAAAGUCCC